AUGACCCCACUGGCCACCACAGGGCAGAUCCGUGUUCCUGGGCCUGGGGACAAGGAGGGGACUCAUGCAGCUUUUUCCCGUUGCAGCUGCCGGAGGAGGGCGCAGGGGAAGGACGAGGAGGAGGCUCAGAUCGGCCCCAAAAGGAUCAGGAAGGCGGCGAAGCGUGAGAUCCUCCUCUGCGACUUCGAGGGCUGCGGGAAAAUCUUCUCCAAGCGCCAAUACCUGAACCACCACCAGAAGUACCAGCACGUGCACCAGAAAACCUUCACCUGCCCCGAGCCCUUCUGCGGCAAAUCCUUCAACUUCAAGAAGCACCUCAAGGAGCACCAGAAGCUGCACAGCGGUGAGGGGGACAUUCCAGAGGGAUCCCAGGGCAUUCCAGAGGGAUCCCAAGGCAUUCCAGAGGGAUCCCAGCUCCUUCCAGGGGAUCUCAUCCCGGUGCCUUUUCCCCCCCAGACCAGCAGGAUUUAA